CUGCAAUUUACAUAACGCCAUCUAAGUACAUAUAGGAUGUACUGUUUGGUCGCCAAGCUGACCCCUCUAGAUUUCCUAUAGAUUCCCUAUAGAUUCCCUACAUGUACGUCACUAGAGGGCUCUAAUGAUGUUACAAUAGCGGGGUAGCUACAGGCUAGCUCUACACUAAUAUAACAGCUACACAGCUACAUUAGAAGCCAUAACAGCCACAAGUAUAACGCCCAAGUACGGUAUGAUACAGGUAUGGCACCUCCAACUUAGUAUUCAACUUAGUAUUUCAUCAGAACCAAUAACAACCAUCUACACAUCACACCAUACUAUUUAUUUCAUAUCCUUUUAUCCUUUCUCGGAUAUAUUUCAUGAAAGGAAUGGGUCAACGCCAAGAUCCAUGGCAUUCUAAAAAAGAACCUAGGUAAUCUUUUACGUGUGUAUUAUGGAAGAUCAAUUAUGUGUGCAUGUCCGCUCAGCCAAGCCUUCAACUCGGCUGCCGAGCGUCGGCUAUCUCCUCUCUCCCACUUGGACUCUCAAGCAUCCAACCUCGAGAUUCCUUAUAUAGAAUUCCCUUCGUGUAGCCCAGAGCCAAGUCUAUUGAAAGCAUCAAUAGCUUAGUGAUCAACUCUAAAUGUUACAGGAACGUGUUUACGUUUACUUACACGUUAACUCCGAAGUCGACAGCCAUGUCUUUAACAGUUCUUUCGGACGAUCAAAUUAACGGCUUGCUAGAGAGCCUUAACCACGACGAAGCUCAAGAACUGAUCGACACGCUCAGAAAUGCUCUUCACGAGUACUCAACCGGUACACAGUCCAUAAAGGAUGGAAUCGUUCACCAACCCGAGCGUGUAUCGGUACAUUCUAAUACCACUGGCACGACUACGCUUUUCAUGCCUUCGAUUAGUAGACUUGGCCAUGCAGUAAAAGUUGUUACUUUGUCGUCACCAUCAACAGAUAAAUCGGUAGAUACGGCACUGCCUCUCAUCCGACCUACCGGCUCGGUGACCCUCUACUCUCCCCAGGGUCCUCCUAUAGGCUUCCUACACGCGAAGACCCUUACCGCUUUCCGCACCGCCCUUGCUUCCUCUUGUCUCCUUGCAAAGCGCGCUUCGGUCCGAACCCUUGUUGUGUUUGGUUCGGGAUUACAAGCUUACUGGCAUAUGCGCCUAGCGUUGAUGUUGCGGGGCGAUACCAUUCGCCAAGUAUACAUUAUCAAUAAAACGUUCAGCGAGAGCGCCAGGGCUACGUUUAAGAAGAUAUGUGGCAUAUCUCAGGAUAUCAAGCAGCGCGAGGGGUGGGAGCAGGCGCAGUUUAGCGUCCUAACUUCGACCUACGUGGACUAUGAUAGACUGCUGAAAGAUCACUUGAGGGCGGCCGAUGUGAUCUACUGUUGCACGCCAAGCACCGAAGAUUUAUUCGACGCCAGCAUACUGACAAGUCACGAAGGUCGAAGAAAAGGUAGGCUGGUUGUUGCGAUAGGGAGCUAUACAAAGGAGAUGCGUGAGCUGCCUCGAGAGCUGCUACUCCAGGCUGUCAAGACACGUACAGUCGGAUAUCAUUAUCAUAAACACGCAACAGAAGGCGGUGUCAUCAUUGUGGAUACUCUGGAUGGGGCACUGAAGGAGGCGGGCGAGAUCAUUGAAGCAGGCUUAGAGCCUACGCAACUCGUUGAACUAGGCGAGCUGGCCAUGAUUCAUAGACUGGCAAAGGAAGAAGAGGAAGCGCUUAUAUCACAGAGCUCAACCGAAGCUUCCUCUAUCAAUGAGUUUUCCGAAAGGUUGGGCCUCACAUCAUCCGGGUCGGCCAUGUCAACCGUUUUCGGGUCCGAAUCGGGUAACUCGGCGUCGGGCAGCGGAGGUAAGCGAUCCUCGUCGCGUAGCCCGAGUCGGAGGAGCAGCAGCUGCUACUCCUUGCCUUUCCACCACCAUCGGCGAGGUUCGAGCCAGGGGACUGCGGACGAACAGCGGCAAAAACAGCAGCAGCAAGCGGGGCAUGACCACCACUUGGCGCGUUGGCUUUCGGCUGGCAAUGUUAUUUAUAAGAGCGUAGGAUUGGGGCUCAUGGAUCUCGUAGUCGGAUUUGAGGUUAUACGACUAGCAAAGGAAAGAGGGCUGGGUAGCCACAUCGAUGGAUUCUCGUAGUGCGAGAAAAGCCCGUUGGCAUCCAUCAUAUUAGAUGAUCUGGGGCCGUCUACAUUCUGCCGAGAUCUGUUCCGGCAUAGGCGUAGACGAGAGAAGCGAUAACAGUGGAUUUAAAAAUAUGCUAUGCGACUGAAUUAUAUUAAUUAUUGACAUUUAUUUGAUAGAGAUGGGAUGGUAACGAA